AUGGCCACGUCAGCAUCCGCGACGCCAGAGGCAUGGCUGCAGAAUCAGCUCCUAGCGAUGCGCGACGCGCUGCCGUUCCUGGAUGCUGACAUGGUGUCAGGCCUAGUCAGCUACUGCCCUAAUGCCUCCGAUGCUGACGUGGCAGAGUAUCUGUCGAAUAUUGUCGGCGAAUCGGAUCAGUCCAUGGCCGUAGUUUCCGGAUAUCUGGAGCGAAGGCGUCAGAUAAAGCAGGGCGGGGCGCCGUCUCAGCCGCCGCAAAAUUCGGCGCAAAAUCCGCCGCGAAACUCCCGAGGAAAGCAGCAGAAGCAGCAGCAAGCGCAGGAUUACAGGCACACCUUAUACAGUCACGAGAACCCAAAUAUUGAGGUCUACGUGAAGCCCAAGUUCGACGAAGCUUCCGGAUCUGUCCCCGCGCCCUCGCGCAGGACCGGCACAGGGGGAGGUUUGGGGGAAGGGGGGAGCGCAGGGGGAGCGGAGGCUCCGGAAGGUGCGGCAGCGAGCGGUGCCGCUGGCGGAAAGGUUGGCGGAAGGACUGGCGGAGGGGUUGGCGGAGCGGCGGGAGGAAGCGCGGGCGGGGGAAAAUCCGCGGGCGGAAGGAAGCGGAGGGGCGGGGUGGCGGUGGGGUUGGCGGAUCUAGAGCAAGGGCGGAUUGAGAUUGUGAAGGAGUGCCGUCGCCUUGGCCUGGGGACGGGAGGAUUUUACCGCCCGAAAUUUCUCAACGGCGGGCAGAUGAAACUUCACAUGAUGUGUCUUGGGCAGCAGCACUGGGAGCCAAAUCUCCGAACCUACCAGCCACGCCGAACCUAUGUAGACGAUGCCAAACCUCCCCCUCUUCCCCCUUCCAUUUCUUCCCUCGCCAUUCAAGCCGUUUCUGCUGCCCAAACUGCUGCCCGAGCCGCCUCGGGCAGUGGCAACAAAAACAUCCUCCCAGACAUGACCCCCUCGGUUUGCAUCGCAAACUUUUACUCUCCCCGGCGCGGAUCCCUCGGCAUGCAUCAGGACAAGGACGAGCCGCCCGCGUCGAUCCGCCGGGGGGCGCCAGUCGUCUCAUUCUCCGUGGGAGAUUCGGCAGAUUUCCUAUUCGGGUGGCAAAGAGACCCGGAGAAAGCAGCGAGGGUGGUGUUAGAAUCAGGGGAUGUGGUGGUGUUUGGGGGGGCGUCUCGAUUGAUGUUCCAUGGUGUGGCGUGUGUGCAUGGAGGCACGGCGCCUGAUUGGUUGAUUCAGGAAACCGGGCUGCGGCCGGGCAGGCUCAAUCUUACGGUCAGGGAGCUGUAA